AGGAGCCGCUGGGGGCUAUGUGGUGGGGAGGGGGUAGAGCCCCUACUCUGGGAUAGGAGGGUCCCUUCCCCCUCCCACGACUGGGGCUGUAGCCACGCCUCCUCACUGGGUUCCUUGAGAGGACUGGGCAGACCCAGCCCUGUCAGCUGGACCACCAGUUAGAAGACAGAGGGGGUCCGGUGCGUUCAGAUCCGAGUGCCAGGGCCAGGACCUUGAGGCUCAUCCAGUAGCCACUCCCCCUCCCUCCCAGAAGGGGGACCGUGCAGCCUGGGUGCCCCCACCUCAGCCCCACUGCAGAGAUGCUGCGGCAGUGGUCGGUGCAGGGGGAGCAGGCCCCCGGGGAGCCAGAACCUGAGCAUGCGGGUGAGGAGCUGUGGGAGCAGGAGAUGAAGCGACUGCACUCCUCCCAGGAGCCCGUGCGGGUGUUGCCCUACGCCAUGGUGGACAAGCGCUUCAUCCGGCAGCUGCGGGAGCCCGAGGGGGUGAAGACCUCAUGCUGGCAGCAGUGGCGCCGCAGGCAGGAGACUGCAGGACGGCGCCUAGGGGAGGCAGCACAGCGGCUGGCCCGGGGCUGUGGGCUCUGGGAGGGGGCUCUCUAUGAGAUUGGGGGCCUCUUCGGCACCGGAAUUCAGUCCUACUUCACCUUCCUUCGCUUCCUGCUGCUGCUGAACCUGCUGACCCUGCUUCUGACCACAAGCCUCGUCCUGCUGCCUCUGGUCUGGCUCCACCCCCCUGACCCAGGACCUGCCCUGAACUUCACAGCCCUCCAGUGUCCUGGUGACCUCCAGUCCCAGACUGGUGUUCCCAAGUUCCACAAUCAACUCUGGAAUAUUUUAACUGGCAGGGCCUUCAACAACACCUAUCUCUUCUAUGGCGCGUACCGAGCGCGGCCUGAGAGCAGCUUGGCGUACAGCGUCCGCCUGGCCUACCUCCUGAGCCCACUGGCCUGCCUGCUCCUCUGCUUCUGUGGGGUUCUGCAGCGGAUGGUGAAGGGGCUGCCACAGAAGCUGUUCCUUGGUCAGGACUACAGGUCGCCUCUCAGUGCCAAGGUCUUCUCCUCCUGGGACUUCUGUAUCCAGGGGCAGGACGCAGCCACCAUCAAGAAACACGAGAUCAGCAACGAGUUCAAGGUGGAGCUGGAGGAGGGGCGGCACUUCCUGCUGGUGCGGCAGCAGACCCGGGCCCAGAGGGCCUACCGCCUGCUCACCUACGUGCGGGUCAAUGUCCUCAUCGGGCUUCUGGUGGCUGGAGCCAUCAGCGCCAUCUUCUGGGCCACCAAGUACUCGCAGGACAACAAGGAGGAGUCCCUGUUUCUGCUGCUUCAGUACCUGCCCCCUGGGGUCAUCGCCCUGGUCAACUUUCUGGGUCCCUUGCUGUUUGUUUUCCUGGUCCAGCUAGAGAACUACCCUCCCAACAUGGAGGUCAACCUCACCCUCAUCUGGUGCGUGGUCCUGAAGCUGGCCAGCCUGGGAAUGUUCUCCUUCUCACUGGGCCAGACCGUGCUGUGCGUCGGCAGAAACAGGACCAGCUGUGAGUCCUACGGCUACAACGCCUGUGACUACCAGUGCUGGGAGAACUCAGUGGGAGAGGAGCUGUACAAACUCAGCAUCUUCAACUUCCUCCUCACGGUGGCCGUCACCUUCCUUGUCAGCCUGCCUAGGAGGCUGCUGGUGGAGCGGUUCUCAGGCCGGUUCUGGGCCUGGCUGGACCGGGAGGAGUUCCUAGUACCCAAGAACGUGCUGGACAUUGUGGAGGGGCAGACGGUCACCUGGAUGGGCCUCUUCUACUGCCCCCUGCUGCCCCUGCUCAACAGCGUCUUCAUCUUCCUCACCUUCUACAUGAAGAAGUACACGCUGCUGAGGAACUCCAGGGCGUCCCUUCGGCGAUUCCGAGCCUCCAGCUCCACCUUCUUCUUCCAACUGGUGCUCAUCCUGGGCCUGCUCCUGGCCACCGUGCCCCUGGGCUAUGUGGUCAGCAGCAUCCGCUCCUCCUGGGACUGCGGCCUCUUCACCAACUACUCGGCCCCCUGGCAGGUGGUCCCAGAGCUGGUGGCCCUCCGGCUCCUGCCCCCGGGCCAGCGCAUCCUUCACUACCUCGGCUCCCAAGCCUUCAGCUUCCCCCUCCUCGUACUGCUCAGCCUUGUCCUGACCGUGUGCGUCUCCCAGUCCCAGGCCAAUGCGAGGGCCAUCCGGGGGCUCCGGAAGCAGCUGGUGUGGCAAGUCCAGGAGAAGUGGCACCUAGUGGAUGACCUGUCGCGACUGCUGCCGGAGCCGGGCCCCGGCGAUUCUCUAAGACCCGAGUCCCCUCUCUCCCGAAGUUCGCGCCCGCGGUCCUUCUGCCCCGGAUUCCCGUGCCCAGGUUCCCCGGGAUCCAGGUCCCCCAGGCCCGGGCCCUCCCUCAAGGAUCCCACAGAGUUGCGAGGUGUCCCGGUCGCUGCCCAUAGAUUCCGCUUCCCCAGCGGUUCGAAGCUAUAGCAGCGUCCCCCACCUCCGCCCGGAGCCUCCCCAGGGUCCCACGUGCACCCCGUCGCCUCACGCCCCUGACCCCUGGUGACCACCAGCCCUCUCCGUGGCCCUCCAGCAGGGUGCUCCAAGGCGGGGUGCAUACACCUAGGGACAGCAGGAAGGAAAUGUGGGAGCUUAUAUUUAUAUUUUAAUCUCAGCCCGUUAAAGUUUCUGUUUUUGUUUAAUGUUGGAUAAUAUACAUAAUAUAUUAGUAUAGUAACCCGUGAGUGCGGUUUAUAAACACAUCCAUUGGGAGAGCUCAGCGGUUUACUGUGGGGAGUGGCAUUAGAAAAGUUUGGAGAGCGCCACCUAUGGGAAGGGGAAGGCCUAGCCACAGUGAGAGCAAACCCACGCUGGGGACCUGCCAACCCCUCCCCCGUUAUUCCUGCUUUAUCUGCGAGACCGCUGAGACCCACCGAGGUUAAGAGAGAGCGAGGGGCAGAGCUCAGGUGUGACCUGCAUUGAGACAGAACCGGCGGCCCAGGGAGGUGGAGCUUCGUCUGAGAUUCCCACGCCUCCAGUCCCCGAGGUUCUCGGCCUCUGAGAACACCUGAGAAGCUGGCCCUGUGCCAGAGAGUCCGCUGUGACUGACCAGGUGCAGCCAGCAGCCGGGCACUGGGACUUUCUGAAUCUCCCAGGGGGCUCUCGCCAGCAGCCGGGGUUGAGAACUGCUGGCUUAAAGAGCUGUCAGGAGGGAAGGUUAGGAGAAACCCCAGGAUGUGCUUGAAAAGCCCUUCCCACAGGAACGCAGGAGCCCAGUGCCUGGCUGGGUUCCUGGCCUGGACACGGCGUUCGGGCGGCUCUGGCCUGGUGCCCUUAGCCCAGGGGCUUCACGUGGUCAUUAAAGGCUUGGCUGGUUCA